AUGUCCAAAAGCAAAGGGGCAGCGGAGACUUGUCAACCUGAUGUCACCAUGGAUUCCUCAAAUAUCAUCAAAGUGAUGGUGAAGACCCUCAAGCAGAAGGAGCAGUUUGAGGUUGCUCAGGGCAGCACCAUCCAGGAGUUUAAGGAGGAAGUCGCCAAGCGUUUCAAAACAGCCCCUGACCUGCUGGUCCUGGUAUUUGCUGGCAAAAUCCUCAAAGACCAAGACACUUUGGGCCAGCAUGGAGUUCACAGUGGGGUCAGCAUCCACGUUGUCAUCCGGUCCCAAAAGAGACCACCAGACAGUGUGGCAGAUGAAGGAAGAGCGACCACCCCGGUGCAACCUCCCAGACCCAGUAACUCCAGCUUAUUCUGCUUGGGGCUUGGAGCUGAUCUGCAAAACCCAUGCUUGGUCCAGCAUGACUUGCAGGAGCUGUUGACCUCCAGCCAGGCCAUAGUGGCUCAGACCAUGGAGGAUGUCAUGUCUUGGGUCCUCAGCGCGGGCCUGGAUCUGAACACCAUCAACAACAACGCGUUUCUGCUGGGGUUCCUCCUCGGGGUGACGGGCACACAUCUCCUGGGCCUGGACUCAACAGACAUGUUGGACUUGAUGGGUAGAAUUCAAGGAGAAGAAGAAGAAGAAGAAGGAGAUGCGUCCAUGCACAGCUUGCUAAGCGAGAUGGUGCCGAGCAACUUUAUGCAGAGCAUCUUUGACAACGCCGACGUCAUCCGGGAUCUCAUCAUGUCCAACCCUCGGAUGCAGCAGCUGGCUGAAGAAAACCCCGAGAUCGAUUACUUUCUCACCAACCCAGACAGGAUCAGGGAGAUGUUACAGGCCUCAAGCAGUCCUGCCAUCCUGCAAGAGAAGAUCAGGAACAACGACGUGGCCAUGAACAACCUGGAGAGCAUCCCCGGUGGGCACAGAGCUCUGGAGCAGCACUACAGGGAGAUCGAGGAGCACAUCUGGGACGCCGUGCAGGCGCAGCUGGGCAACGACCCCUUUGCUCGCCUGGACAGCGACCAGCCCCUGAGCGGAGCCAGGCUACCCGCCCGAACCGAAAACCGGAGACCCUUGCCCAACCCUUGGGCUCCGCAGUCAAACAGAGCCGGCGAUGACGAUGACUGGGACAGCCGGUUGGCCAGCAGCAGCGCAGGCGGCAGCUUUACCUCACUGAGCGUGGGUCCCAAAGCAGGCGCAGUGUUCCCCAGCUCGGAGGAGGUUCAUUCACGGGAGAUGCAGAACUCAUGCACAACCUGGGGAGCGCGUUAG